GGUGGAUGGUUGGACUGGAUGAUCUCGUAGGUCUUUUCAGACCUAGCUAAUUCUAUGAUUCUAUGAUUCUAUGACACUCAAACUGUGCUCUAUUUGUCAUGUGAGAGCGCCCCAAGGUCUAGGCCAGUAGAUGCAGAGACUGGUGUGCAGGAGACAUCUGCUUGCCAGCGACCAGGAAAACAUCCACAACACAUCAGGAUUAAACCAGUGACUGGGAGGAAAGAGUUUUAAAGUCCAGGAAAGAGGUGGGUAAGGGAAUCCAGGGCCUGCAUAUGAAGGUUAAGCAGGCUGAGAUCCCCUGGUAAUAUCUGAGGGAUCACCACAAGUGUAGGGAUGUGUGUGAGAGGAGUGGGUGACUGCACGCAUCUGUUGAUGAGCGUACAGCAGGCUGGUGUAGCCUGGGCAAAAGAGGAGCUUUUUUUUCUUACCCCCCAGCAGGUGGGUAAGAGAAGCCAGGCUCCAGGCAGGGGCAUUCAUUGUGCUGAGGGCCCAUGCUAACAUUGAUAGGAUGUGUGAUUGUGGAAGUUCUUGUGAAUCUAGUGGGUGAAGGUGUGUGCUUCCCCUGGGGAACUGCUAUCCUGAUUAGCCAGAGAGGAGGAACAGGACUUGGCUCAGUGCUUAAGGUCUAUAAGAGAAAUGGUGGUGUUAUAGGGGGGUGUUGCUAAUGGCAGUGAGUGCCCUGCCUGAGGCAGUCUGUGUGGGCAGCUGUGUCCUGUGUGGAGGUCCAUGUGUGUGCCUUCCUUGGACACAUGGUCAGGAUUGCUGUGUUUGGUUUAUGUGGCGAGAUUUGGUAGAGGGAAAGUGUGUGUGUGUGUGUGUGUGUGUGUGUGUGUGUGUGUGUGUAAGGGAGGACUUUGUGAGGAGAUUUCAGAAGCUGCUCCAAGUGAGAAAGAGAGAAUGAUCAAAUUCUUGGCUGGGAUGGCUCACCGAUAUAAAUUUAGGGUGAGAAUGAUGUUGAUAACGGACCGAUGUUUCAGUUGAUGCUGAACAGUGCUUACACCAAGCCAAGGACUUUUCUGCUCUCAGACCGCCCCGCCAGCAGAGUCAUUUCCGGCAGCUCUGUCAUCUUGGGGCUGGCAGCUGGUUUUCUGACUCUUUCUCACUCAGCAAACAGGAGGGUCGGUCUCAGCAUGCACCGCACCUAUCUCGUCCUCACUGCCUUCCUGGGACAACUGCUGGAUGCUGUGGGGCAGACCAUCGUCACCCAGCAAGAAGGACAGGUCACAGUGGAGGAGAGCGACACCUUCCAGACCACCUGCACAUACCAGAUGCCUAGCUUUUAUGGCUUGUUUUGGUACGAGCAGAAGAAAGGCCAAGCCCCCCAGCUGGUCACAUAUCAGGCAGCAGCAGGCCACAAGCAGAACGGCCGCUUCACCACGUGGCUCAACACCACCGGGAAAUACAGCCUCCUGCGGCUGGCAGAAGUCGAGCUCUCUGACAGCGCCUUGUACCUCUGUGCUGUGCAGGACACCGUGGUGCAGGGAGCUUCCUUGGCUGUGCAACAACCCCGGGGAGGGAGGGGGUGUGUCUGUGCAAGGCGGAGCUCUGGGGAAGGGGCCCUCAGCUCUCCCCUGGCAGCGCUGCUUCCCCGUGCACACAGAGAUCUGCAGGUCAGCAUCCUCUUCCAGAAGGGACUGAUGUCACUGGCUUCAGAGGAACGAGAAGGUGAUGAAACAGCCUCUGCUCUGGAACUCUUCCCCACAUAUACCUCAGAAGACGACUGCUUUUUCCAUGGGCUGUGCAGGAGCUGGACAGGUCUUCCUCAGCUCUAAAGAGCAGCGCUUGAAAGGGCCCCAGGUGAACCUGGGAGAGAGGGUAGGGAGGAAGCAGAGCACAGGGAUGGGUCCACCAACCUGUCGUGAAUGUGCCAAGGCAUCUCUUGGACUAGCAGGUGGAAGCUGCACAGAGAGGUAAAAGGGCAACUUGGCUUCACCCAGACACAGUUCUAAAAGAGCAGCUAGGCCCAUCAAGGCUGCUGCCUGUCUCUUGGGAGAAAAUCCACCUCAGCCAAGUCCCACAUGGUCUCUGUGCCAGAUAUUUUCCCUCUCCCCACCUCUGAAGACCAGCAGCACCAGGACCCAGCAUGGCAGACACUGGCAUGAGCAGAAAAGAAUGUGGGGAGAGGGCUUCAGACCCACCUGAUUCCCAAGAUGAAGGAGGCAAGAGAAGUGGAUGAUUAUCAAGACUCGGGCUGCCUUUUAUGGUAGUCCUGCACUGCAGCAACCCCACAUGUAGACUCGAGAGAAACGACAGUUUUCUAGAGUGCUCGUGACAACCCAGCUGCUGACAUGGGCCGUGAGGCUCUUCCCCUUUAC